AUGUUACAACUCAUUCAUAUGCCAUAUGCCUCAUCCCUCGUCGCCUUGAUAUACGGGGAAUAUCUCCUGUUUAAUCCAUCACCCAAGCCCAUGGGAGGGAUCUUGGAUUGUUGCAACAUCCCUGUACCCCGUGUAAGUGAUGCCGGCGGACCACUUUUUCCAUGUGUGCCGAGGUGUCUUUCGCCAGAAGAGGCUUCCUUCUUACUGCUGGAUCAUAUGAAAAUUUCACUAUCCCGUUGCUCAGGAUUGGAUCUAAUUGAAGAUCGCGAGGUUACGGCCAGAGGAGCAAGAUACUCCAGCGUGGCUCAGUGCAUGUGGCUGGUGCUGAUUGUCAGAAAGCAUCAUCGCCGGUCCGUGAUGGGGUCAUACUUUCUUCUUGUCAGACUUGCUAUUUCUUAUGACGCUCUGUCCCCGAGAAAAGAAACGAAAAAACACAGAAGAAAGGAGAUGUUGGAGACUGAUCACGAUUUCGACGACUUUGUGAGAUUUUGGCCGCAAGGUAGCCUUCAAGUUGCAUGCUCGGAGAGGCAGAUUUCAAUCUAUUGGUCGAUGGCUAGCUUAUCUAAGCACACUGAGCUGCUCCGAGCUGUUCCUGUCCGAGACCUAAGCUUGGCACCCUGGGUGCCUUCUCUUGCAGGUGGUACGGAAUACCAGGUACUUACUUUGGCACCCUCGAAAGCCGGGAGGAAAACCAGUAUUCUGGGGCACUCGCACCAUUUUCUGGAGUUUGAUGAACUGCGGUUUACUUUACUCCCAACGAUAUGGUGA